AUGGCGUCAAACAAGGAUAUGCGGCGCGCGGAUCUCGCAAUUCCCUACGUCGACCCGCCCAAGAGUGCCAAUGAUGGCGACAUGUCCAGCACCAUGUCGAGCACGAUGCCCAUGGCUGCGAUGUUCAUGCGGAACAGAAUGAUUGGCUGGGUCUCCUUCGUCUUCUCCCUUCAGACCUGGCUCGCCGAGUCCUCCGAGCAGAAGAAGACUGCUGCCACCCCGGCCUACAUGUCCGUCUUCAUGUCUUUGAUGGCGCUGGUCGUUACCUACUUCCCCAUGUUCCUGCCUCCGCAGGUUGCCAAGGGCACAGCUGCUGCUCCCCCGGCUCCCUCGCCUUCGCCCUAA